CUUCUUCAAACAAAUCCAAGUCCCUUCUUUACUUUCUGAAAUCAAGGCGCGGCUGAAAAUUCCCGCUCCGGUGUUUUCCGCGGCUGAUGGACCCACCAAUUCCGACGACUGCGAUAGACGAAGACGACGAUUGGGAACUUUGCAACGAAGAUGGCUUCGUUUACAAGCAAAGCCGUAUCUUGGGCUCAGAGGACACCUCCGGCGCUGGAGAAGCUUCCAAACCGCCGGAUCCGGAGUUAGAGGAGAGGAAUCGAAGGAUGCGUAGGAAACGAAUUCUGGUGAAGCUCAAAAGGAAGUACCAGAGAGAGAUCGAGCAGUGGGAGAUUUUGUCGAACAGCUUGAAUGCUAUGCACGAGAAGUCCGGUCGAUUUCAAACGCCGCAGCGAGGAGAGAGCUCAAAUGCGAACGAAACGACGUCAUUUCCGAAGUCUCGAGGUCGAGAGCAUUGCGGAGAAGCUGCUUCCGCCACGGCGUCGUCUAUGCUCGACGAACUUCUUUCUAUGGCAGAAGCACAGGAAGUGAUAAUCAAUGACGUCUCAAACCUGUGCGAAGUUGCAGAAAACAUAUGUGGAAUGGAAGAAGAAGAAAAGAAGCAGUCAUUAUUUGAUCUUGCCGUAUGGAGCUCGCCAACGGGUCUAAUGGCGUCACUUUGUACAGAUUAACCCUAAAUUAUUCUCCUCUGUAUAAUGCGUGUGCGAUUUGUUGGAACUGUAGAGUGAAUUUUCUGUGUUAGACUUCUACAAUGUAUCUUAAUUUUUCAUUCCUGCUUCUCAAGGUAAUCACUACGAUGAAAUAGUUGAUUUUCAUUUUA